AUGUCUGGUACCCAGGCCUCCGUAUUCAGCUUCCAGCAGAAGAUAGAGCAGCUGCUCGUGACGCGCCACUGCUCUGGAACGUAUAAUUUGGAGCCGGGCAAGGCCAGGCUUUUUUACAGCAACAAGAGUGGCGAUAAAGUAGGGUUCAUCGAUUUUGCCAGUCCCAACGGCGUCGACAACACUCAGCUUGAAGACCUCGUCAGUGUCUGCGAGCCCGCCAAAUUUGGUCGAGGCAAUGAAGACGUCCUCGACGAGUCCUACCGCAAGGCCUGGAAGUUAGAUGCAUCGAGGUUUGCCACCCAACUCGAUAUCGCAUCUUCAGGCAUCCUAAGCACCGUGAGAGAGGCGUUGCUUCAGUAUGGGAACAGUCGACACACCUUGGAAGCUCACCUGGACAAGAUGAACGUUUAUGGUCCUGGCUCAUUUUUCAAGCCUCAUGUCGACACCCCCCGAGACCGCGACAUGCUCGCUACCCUCGUCAUCGUCCUCCCCACCGAGCACGAAGGUGGCGACCUCCUCCUUGGCGAGGAGAAAUGGCAGUUCAACUCCGCUGAGAUGGUGUCCAAGUCCGAAAAUUCACUCGCAACUGAUGGCAUCGAAGUCACCAUGCACAGGCUGGCGUUCGCCGCCUUCUACAGCGACAUCGAGCACGAAGUCACCCCUGUUAAAUCUGGUUACCGUGUCACCGUCACAUAUAAUCUCUACUGCCGCAAGGGGCAGGACCCCCUGUCAUCGCGUGCCAGGAUCGAUAUCGCCCUUUCCCCUGCCGAGGUGACCCUCAUCGCCGCGAUGAAAGCAUUCCUCAGUAGACCCGAGAUCUUACCCAGUGGCGGCAUCGUUGGUUUUGGGUUGACCCACUUCUAUCCCAUAGAGCCAAAGGCGGACGAGGACGUUGAUCGGGCGUUCGAAGGGGUGUUGAAGGGCGGAGACGCGCUCAUCGAGAGGGUGUGUCAGUACCUUGGGUAUAAAGUCAAGGUCAAGGCACUCUACGGAUACGAGGAAGGCAACAUGGGGUCCUCAGACACACCCUCUGUUCGCCGCAUGGAUAGCUACCAUUCGAUGUAUCUCACCAACAGGUACACUUCGUCGAUGGACGAAUAUGCCGAACGCGUCGACCAAGAAAACGCAGAAGAAGACUGGAAAGCGUACUGGCUGGAAACGGGUGCGCAGGUCAAGAGUCUGACAGAUACAGGGAGGUCCAGCAGACGUAAGGCGGUGUUGUGGUUGACCAGGCCGAAUUGGUUGAUGGCGAGUAAGACUGCAUAUAUGGCGUAUGGGAAUGAGGCGUCGAUGGGCUAUGUCUACGGGAGCUUGGUUCUGACGGUUGAGGUCCCCGAUGCGAAGACCCGACUCGGGAAUGGCGAGGAAGAGGGAGAGAACGGGGAUGAAGGACAGGCGGAUGAUUCUUCCGAAUCCGAGGAGGACUACUAG